AGGACAAAGUCUCAAGAGUAUUAUUUGAGGCUGUCACCCCCCUUAAAAUCAGAUGGUAUUAUUGUAAUAUACAAAAUGGUAGUACCUACUAGUACAGACGGUAACAAUACACCCUACUACUGGUAAGAAGUUACCCCACAAAGCAAAGCGUUGAUGGAAGGUUGCGCACAUCGUCUUGCGUUGCCGUUCGGAGGGUGAUCCGUACUUUCAUCAGGCUUCAACGCGCCGCCACCACCGUUUGCCAUCAGUGCCUACCACGGCGCGCCAUCGACUGGUCGCGCUCACUGUAAUGGACACCACGUACUGACUGUGGCUUGUGAUUUAUUGUGAUCAAGUGGUCAGGACUAAUUCUGUGAACAGUGUGUAAUAUAAUUCAAGAUGAUCGUCAGGGCGCUAUUUAUAGCGUUAUGCUGCGUGUGGGUGUCAGCACUAUCGCCGCUGGCUGUGGGUGGAGACGACAAUGACUGCGCGCUGUAUCUCACCGGGCCUGGUCGCAGCUCUGCAUACGAUUACAGCAUCAAUCUGCUCAAAGGAAACUUCGGUUAUGAUGGACAGCACACAUGUAUUACAUACGAAGCAAUCAACCAGGCCUAUCUCGAAGCAAGAAAUAGAAUUCUUGUCGCCCGGCCAAAGGGUGACUGGAAACCUGAAGACUAUGCGAGCGUUGGUGAACUCGUCCUCGACAUUUCAAUAAAUCUGGCACGCAGAUACGGUCUCUCGUACGAAGAGAUUGAGAAAGGACUGCCUCUCAUCGAUACUUCCCGAACGCUUAUCAGAGAGGUUUGCCCUCCUGUGUUCUCGCACGUGGAAUGCCGGGCUGGCAAAUACAGAAGAUUUGACGGACUCUGCAAUAACCUUAAGCAUCCUACUUGGGGUUCCACGAAUUCGCCUUUCCAGAGGUUAAUUGGUCCCCUGUUCUCUGACGGCAUUAACGCUCCUCGUAUUUCACACACUGGUCAUGAUUUGCCGCUGUCGCGUGUGGUGUCGCGCACCAUGCAUCCGGACGACGGUUUCCACGACCACGCGGGCACCGUAAUGGUCAUAGCCUGGGGACAGUUCAUGGACCACGAUUAUACACUAACCGGAACUCCAUUAGACCCGCUGAAUCGUAACGACCCAGAAGAGUGCUGUAAACGUCCCUCGCAUUUAAAGCAUCCUUACUGUAACGAGAUUCGCAUACCCGAAGAUGACUACUUUUAUCGUCUUUUCGGCGUGAAAUGCAUAGACUUUGUGAGGGCAUUCCCUUCACCUAGACCAGGCUGCAGACUGGGAUCCAGAACGCCUUUCAACACAUUAACCGGAGUCAUUGACGGUAAUACUGUAUACGGUAUAACAGAGAAAUUCUCAAGAAAAUUACGAACCGGUUUCGGAGGUUUGCUACGAAUGAAUCCUGUGUUCCAAGAGUACGGUCUGAAGGACCUGUUGCCGCUUAAAUUGGACAUCCCCGAUGAAGGGUGCACAAGACCAAACAAGAACAUGUACUGUUUUGAAGCAGGCGAAAUCCGUGUAAACGAGCAGCUGGUUUUGACUGUGAUGCACACGCUGAUGGCGCGUGAACACAACCGGAUCGCCAAAGCCCUGGCCGAAGUCAACCCUCAUUGGGAUGACGAGACUUUGUUCCAAGAGACGAGAAGAAUCAACAUAGCGGAAAUACAACACAUAACUUACAACGAAUUCUUGCCUAUUCUACUCGGUAAAGACGUCAUGGAGAAAUUUGGCUUGGUGCUUGAAAAGGAUGGUUACUGGGACGGCUACGACCCAGAAGUGAAUCCCGACGUAAUAGACUCGUUCGCGGCCGCCGCGUUCCGCUUCGGUCACUCGCUGUUGCCAACCGCCGUCGAGAGAUGGUCGAAGGCCCACAAAUUUAUCGCUUCAAAACGACUAUCGGACCUGAUCCGUCGACCAUACGACCUGUACCGGGCUGGAGUGCUGGACGAAUACGUCAUGGGCUUGAUGAACCAAGUGGCGCAGGCCAUGGACGACUCCAUCACUCAGGAGGUCACGAAUCAUCUCUUCAAGAAAGUCGGUGCCCGUUUCGGAAUGGACCUGGUCUCGUUUAACAUGCAAAGAGGUCGCGAAUUCGGCUUGCCCGGCUAUAUGGAGUUUAGGAAGUUCUGCGGUCUCCCCGGAGCGGAAACCUUCCAGGAGCUGUUCGGUUCCAUGACCAAUCACACCGUAAGGAAAUACGAAACGAUAUUCGAACACCCUAUCGACGUCGACCUCUGGUCCGGUGGAGUAUCAGAAAGACCUCUACCGGGUUCGAUGUUGGGACCUACGUUCGCUUGCAUUAUCGCAACGCAAUUCUCGUAUUCGAGACGCGGUGACAGAUUCUGGUUCGAACUCCCAAACCAGCCUUCAUCGUUCACGCCGGAACAACUAGCAGAGAUAAGGAAGGCGCGACUCGCCCGCGUCAUCUGCGACAAUACCGACAUCAUCGACACCGUGCAGCUCUACCCAAUGGUGUUGCCCGAUCAUGAACUGAACCCGCGUGUGGCUUGCCGCAGCGGUAUUUUACCAAGCAUGGACUUCAGCAAAUGGGCGGAGCCCGUUCCCUUCCACGGAACAGCGAAACAGUUCGUGAGUAGCUUCUCGUACGACCCAUUCUUAGGGAAGAAGUAAAUGCACCGAGCACUUGUAGUGAAUGGUACUAGUUUAGUUCUGCUGUUAGACAAGUGACGUCAUAACAUUCUACAAUAAACAUUUUAGGCUUAUUCCUGUAAGCUGCGGUAGGCAGCGGAAUGGCUCUGCCCCUGGCAUUGCUGAAGUCCAUGGGCGACGGUAACCACUCACCAUCAGGUGGGCCGUAUGCUCGUCUGCCUACAAGGGCAAUUAAAAAAAAAAAAAACUGCCCGUGAUUAAUCGGUUUAAACAUGUUUUUUUUUCAAUAUCUUUAUACGUUAUUUUAUAAAUUUAUCAUCUUUCUUUGUGUCUGGAAGCAAAUCUUUGUGCUUCGUAGACAUGUCAAUGGUCCAUAAAAUAAAUAAUAGAAUUUAAAAAGUAAAAGUGCGGUUCUUUCUUUUGAUAAUUUGAUAAACCGUUUUAGUUAUAACGUCACUUCGCUUAACUAGAACACAGAUAUAUUAUUUAAUAAUUUGUUUAGUACCUACUUAAAUAAAAGAUGUAUUUGAGAGCCCAUCACACUAGCUUUAAGAUCUUUAAGAGAUAUUUUCGUAGUAGACUCGCUUAUAGAACAGACAUUCAGUUUGAAAUGUACAUGUAAUUAUGUCGUAGAUGUUGAUUUAUCUGUUUAAUGAAAAAAAAAACCUUUUUUUUAAAUACCUACUUUUUAUGAAAUAUUAAGAUAUUUUUUUUGUUCUAUUAAAAACUUAAACGUACAGUACAUGUUGACAGUACUUUGGCACUACGACAUAAUAGCAUCGAAGCAUUCAUUGUUCAUUUGACACCAAGUGGGCAUGUAGUUGUAGAAUUUAGAAGAUUUAGUUGUAGAAACUGUUUUAUGUAGAACUAGAAUUAAAUUAUGUAGAUUUAGUGUAAAUACGUAUUUAAUGUUUAAUAAGGUAUCGUGAAAAAAAUUAGAAUUGGAAAAAAAAUGUAAUCUAGCUGAAGGGAAACUAAUGGAAAUAUUUUAAUUUGACAUACUUAGACAUAAAAAUACAUGUACCUACCUAUUACUUCGUAGAUCAACUAAAAAAAGACAAACCGUUUUCAUUGCUAUUGAGCUUUCAUGACUCUAUUUAAUUCAAACUGUAACGAAAUUUAAAUAUGUAUAGCAGUUCUUAUAUUUCUACGUGCUUUAUAACUAGCGCCCAUACCUACUUAACAUCCAGGCUAACUAUAUUUAAUUAUAGAUUUAAAAACGCAGAUUAAAUUACGUUUUUAAUAAAAUGUAAUGUAAUAGCAGAUUAAGUUAAUCAUAAGUCAUUACAGAUUCAUAAAAAAUCAUUGCUUAAUAGUUUUCGCGAAUACAAACACACAUGAAAGCCAAUAAAAACACUAAAUCGGUUCGUUAGAGUCGGGAACAACUAAACAUAAUAAACUUAGAUAAUUUUGUUCUAACAUACUAUCAUAUAUCUAUGGAGUCUAGAGUCACAAUACUUUUAAUUUUUUAUAAAUUAUUAAAAAAGAAGCAGUCAACUAACCUAACCUAAAUUGCUAAAAAAUAACGGUAAUGCAUUAAAAACUCCACGUUGAUAUCUAAAGAGAAUGAAUUUCAAUGUUUAUUGAAUUGUUCUAAUGCUGUUAAUAUAAGUCGCGAUAAAAACCGACAACUUUAUUUUUUUUAAAAACUAGUGAAAUCUCACGACCUUCCGAAUCACACUUUACAAUUGCUGAAUACAUAUUAAAGAAAACGCCCAUUUGUUGAAACCAGACGCGCGCCAACUUAAACCAAACUCGGAAUAGAUUACAACAACCAAUUUAUUUUAAGACUAAUUACAUUAGAACAUUUUCAUAAAAUAACAUAAUUCUUCUGUCUAUAUACGAGUAAAUAAACGUAUUUGUCUCUAAAAGUCAAAAAAAACUAGGUUAGUUAUUUAUAAAAAAUAAAUAGGUUAUUAUACAUUGUACAAAAUAAUAUUAACGGAUGGCUUAGCUUAAUAUUAAUGCUUCAUUGCCAUAUUUUAUGUUUUAUUGUAUAAACAGUUAAGAUCACCGAUUUUUUUUAAUAAUUGCAUUUCUGUGAUGCGCCCUCUUUUUAACCGACUUGAAAUAAAAGUAAUUUUAAAAGAGUUUUAAUAACUUUUGACAAACAAAUAUUCCGCAUAAUCGCAAUUAUUCACUAAAUAGUCCAUUUCGUAAAUCAAACAACGGACUUUGGAUUUCAUUUUUUUUAAAAGAAAUAAGACAGUUUUAGUUUCUGUAAUUCACUAUCGCAACGUUAUUAAAAUUUUGACGGCACAUUCAUAUUUAUAAUAUUGUAAAUGUAAAAAUUGUUUUAUUGUUAAAUCUAGUGACGUAUGCAUCUCAAACCAUCAAAAAAUAAAACAACACAUGAGUCGACUAUUAUCAAAGCCGGCAAUGUGACUUUUGGAUAAUUAUUGGUAAAUCAGAAAAACGAAUUAUUGACUUUGUAUUCCAUUGACAGUCACAAAACUCUUCUGAACGACAUCUUAGAUAAAUAACAGGUUAAGUAUUAACCUUUAUUUAAUGCAGGUUUUGAACCGUAUUCUUUGAAGGAGACGAUUAUAUUCAAAUCAAUCUGUAUUGAAAUAUCAAUAAUUUUUUUUUGUCCAAAUGCACAGAUUGCCACCUUUGAUAACAGACGACUCACAUGUAAACUGAAAAAAUUUAGAAUAGCAAAUAAAAUUAAAAUUUUGACAAACACUAAAUAUUUCGUUAAAAUUCCUCUAGUUUUUGGAAGCAUAAUUAAACUUCACUGAAGAUCACCUAUUAGGUGCUUACUUUAUAAGUUUUUGUAAAUUAAUAUGUAUCAUUAAAAUUCUGGAACAAUCGUUGAUCUGAGACAUUGUAUGCAAAUAAACUAUAAUAAAAUUAUAGAACAUAUGUAAAUACAGAAGUAAUAAAAUUUAGUAUCGGUGUA